CCCAUGCCAACCCUCGUGGGCGCCUUUCACCCUCUCGACUGACCUUCACACCCGCCGCAUACGCCCUCGGUUGCCGCGCUACCCGCCCGGACGCACGCCUAACUCCCUUUCGCGUAGGCAGCACCAGCCCGUACUGCGGACCACCGAAACCCCCGCGCCGAGUCGAUUACACCCACGAACCAAGGCAACCUCAAGAGCAAGAUACCAAACAUCGUGCAAUCGCCGACUGCUACCAGAUGUGCGCCUGAAGCAAUGCCCUGCGCAGAACGAGCCUGAUGAGCUCAGAUUCGGAAGAGAGCCACUCCAGUGCUCACAACGACCAUGGAGACGAGAUAGACGCCAGGGAAGGCGCUGUGGGAGCUUUUGAUGCACAAGAGGAUGGUUCGGACGGCAGCGCGGCCGAGCUGAGAAGCCUGGACGAAGAGGAUGGUGAAGAUGUUCAGUCGGUAGACAACGGCAUUGAGGGCCUGACCUUUGCCAGGACGCGGAGGAGAAGCCCCCAUGAAGAGACACAUGAUUCAGCAUCAGUGCUGUCUAUUCGACCGACUAUAGAGGUGGCAGACAGCCCUGCCUCGACGGAUAUACCCGACGACACCCCUUCGGUUCAGGGUUCCGGUAUAUCCUCGCCCACAAGCAGCGUACCCGUGUCGCACAAUUCGCUUCGGCCUCACCGACCGACAUCGCUGCAGCCAUUCGAACGCCGCUUCUCCUCCCGCCUAUCUCCAUCCCCUGGACCAACACCGCGCGGUCAGUCACCCGCCUUCCUGUCGCCGCACUCACGACAAUCCUCCGUAUCGAGCAACCUCGUCUUCCAACAAUUAUCCGAUGACGGGUCCGAGACACCUCAGGCGCCGUGGGAGGUCGUGCGAUGGACGAGGUUGAAGAAGAUCACUGGGCAAGUCUUCUCUGAGAUUGGCAAGCGCAACUUCGGCCGGCCCACAUGCCUACAUGUGACCGUCUCAUUGGCGAUAGGAACGUCCAAGGGCUUCAUCCUCAUCUUCGACUACCAGCAAGUCCUCAAGUCCAUCAUUGGACCGGGUACCAAGGCUGUCGAAUGCGGUGCCAUCACUUCGCUGGCCAUCGCUGCAGAUCACUCGGCUAUUGCAGGGGGACAUGCGACGGGUCACAUCUUCACUUGGGAGUUGGCGAAGCCGGCAAAGCCAUUCUUGCAUAUCCCUCCUCUGGAAAGGGCGUCUGUGGAGGACAACAAAUCAGAUGGCCAUGUCUCGGGCGUAGCGAUCCUGCACUUGGGUUUCCUCGGCACCCGGCGCACAGCGCUCGUUUCUGCAGAUGAUGCGGGCAUGGCCUUCUCUCAUCUUGCGACCCGUGGGCUAGGGGCUAUUGCGCGGACGGUCAGGACCACUCGGAUCUUGGGGAGAUAUCCAUUGUCGGCAAAGUCGCUGGAGAAACCUCGGAAACCGAGUUCUGUGCUGGCAUUCGCACCUUUGCCGCUAGGAAACGUGGAGCAGCCAACUGACAACAUGGGCUUGACUGCAUUGCUAACGCCGUACUUGUUGGUCAUCGUAUCGACUACUCCAGUUGCACAGACACAGCACAAAGCGCCCCGGCCAAAGGAUGUGGCAGCGCACAGCGCGCUAAGCGGGUGUUUGGCCUGGUUCCCAGCCGUCAAGCUAAAGAGCUCGUCCAAUGGGGCCGACAAUGCAAUCUCCAAGACCAAGCUCGUGUACUGCUGGUCCAAUGUCCUGACUAUACUGGAAGUCGACUCCAUUCUGCCACCCCCGUCGGAAAGAGAAAAGCCCGUUGAGCUUCGCUUCAGACCCCGGAGUCGCUGGAAGGCGGAAGAAGCUAUUGUUGCUGUUCAGUGGCUUAGUAGAUCAGUUCUCAGUGUGCUUACGAUCAGUCAGCGCCUCAUGAUCUUGGAAGACAACACCUUACGCGUGACAGACUCAUUCGAUUUGCUGCAAAAGCACAUCUACCACUCGGAUCUUUUCUCACGACAACUCAAGCCAGUCGUUGAGCAGCUUAAUGAAGAAGAUGCGUCACUACACGGUGUUGUGGCAGAUGCUUUUUACAUGAGCUUCCGGGCGUACAAAGGUCGGCUGUUCCUCCUGGGUUUCAACGACUGCUCCAUCGGCACUCUUUCAAACUGGGCUGACCGCCUGUUGGCCUUGAUGGAAGAUGGCGACUACAUUGCCGCCAUCGGUCUCGCGACUUCGUACUACCUCGGGGAUGCGGACAAGCUCACAGUCGGGCUGCCCGACGAUGACAACGCACGCCAUGCGCUUGUGCAGCCAAAGCUUCUCGAGAUGAUAACGGCAUCACUCAAGUAUUCCUUCUCGCGACAGGAUGACGUCGAUGGCGAUGCGCAGGACCGUCGAGCGAAGGAGCUUGCUGAAGUAGUCUUCACAGGUUUGCUGUGCAUGGAGGAACACGACUUCUUGUUCGAGGACGUUUACGAUACCUACGAAGAAGCGUCGGCUGAGAAGGCAUUCUUCGAGACCCUCGAGCCAUACAUACAAGACGAUGAGAUCACCGCAGUACCACCGAACGUCUUGAAGGACCUCAUAACGUUCUACGCCUCAGCCAAUCGCUCCACGCAGCUCGAAGAGAUGAUCUGCCGGCUCAGCACCGAUACGAUGGACCUGAACCAAGUCACUAUGCUCUGUCAACAAUACGUAUUGUACGACGCGCUGAUCUAUGUGUGGACAAGAGCUAUUGGCGACUACAUCACGCCACUCACCAACAUCCUCGAACUCAUAAAGCUUGUGGACUUUGACGUGGAUGAGACGGAGAACAUCUAUCUGACUGCCGCGAAGAAGAUCUUCCCAUAUCUAGCGUAUACUUUCACCGGACGUGUGUAUCCUGGCGGCGCGUUUAUGGAGGAUGCGCAGGCGUACAGCGCCAAGAAGGACAUGUAUCGAUUCCUGUUCUCGGGAAAGAAUCUGCAGUGGCCACCAGACUCGGGCGAUGUCAUCUUGACACAAUCUGAUGGCAGCCCGGAGCCUCCGUUUCCAUAUCUACAGCUUGUCUUAGACUUUGACGCUUCAAGUUUCAUGAGCAUGCUGAACGAGGCUUUUGAGGAUAGCUUCCUGAAUGGCGAGCAAGAUGCACCAAAUGGAGUCCAGCUUAAUGGCACGCAGCAAGGUUCGGCCCUCACUCCCACUCGCCAGUCCAUCAUCAACUACCUUUUCGGGAUAAUGAACACCGACAACUUCGACCCGGAAGAUAUCAUCUACUUCUACAUGUUCGUCGCGCGCAAUCUGCCGAAAUACCCGCAACACAUCAUGCUUCCGGGAACGUCGCUGCAUCAGGUACUCAUUGGUCUAUGCAACUACCCUACAGAUACGAUUAAGGAAGACUGUCAGCUUUCAGUCGAGUAUCUGCUCUCGAUCUACCACCCGCCUAGUCCACAGAGUCUUGUGCCGCUGUUUGAAAAGGCUGGCUUUCAUCGCGUGCUUAAGUCGGUGUAUCGGGGCGCACAACAAUACGCGAAGCUGCUCGAAACGUACCUUGACGAUGAAGAGGACGACGAAGCAGUCUUUGGAUGUAUUGCUGACAUCUUUCGGCCAAGCAAAGGUGUCAUCAAGAAGCAGCUGAACGAGGUCAAGGCGGUCAUCGUCAGUCGCGCUGCCGACUUGGCUGCGAUCGACGCGUCGCAAACUGCGGUGACACUGAAGCAAUAUGCGCCCGACCUACUGAGGCCUGCUCUAGACGCUAUCGAAGCCGGGGCCGAUGCCCAAUACCGCUAUCUACAGGCUUUGAUCGAACCAGAGCAGGCCGCGACAGGCACUGUCACUUUCAUCGAUGAGAAUCUACCUUCUGGAUUCAUCGAGAACUACGUGCAGCUCAUGUGCACUUACAAUAGCGCGCAUGUCGCAGAUUUUGUCGGCUCGUUGAAGUCCAGCGACCUCCGAUUAGAUCCUGUUCUGCCUGCGCUGGAGAAGAGCGGUGUCAUUGACGGUGCUGUCAUCUUGAUGGCUCGCGACGGCCUCGUCCAAGGUGCCAUGGAUCGACUAGUGAAGCAUCUUGGUACACUUCAAACGGCCUUGAUAGGCCUCAUUGGAGCCGCAUCGGAGACGCCAGAUGUGGCCAACACCGAGGAAGCAGUCCACGAUCUUCUCGAAGACAUCCAGAAGUACAUCAAGGUUGGCAUCUGGUUAUGUCAAGGACAGACGCGAUCUAAAGAGCCGAGACCGGAGUCAAGCAUCGAUAGACGGAAGUCAGCAUACGGAGAAGUUCGUGAAGCAGAUCUCGCAUCGGACGAACUGUUAUGGCUUGAGCUCGUCGACACGUCUGUACGACUCAUUAGGGACACAUCAAGCGCCGUUGCCGACCACGAUGCUUCCAUCACAUCAACAGGCGUUGACCCAGCUGAUACAGUCGAUACUGCUCGCAUCGUGUCUACUCUCCGCUCCUCGAUACAGCUAACCUUCUCCGCCCUCCUCACAUCCACCACCAUCCCACCCGCACGAAAGACCACCCAAUCCCACCCCACAACAGACCCAACAACCCGACCACCACUCCGCCCCACCCAAUCCCGCGCGCGAUCCAACCCAUCUUUCCUUCGCAUCCUCCGCUGUUUCCUCACCCGCGCAACACACACCUACUCGCCCUCCCUCUCCGACCUCCGCACUGUCCUCUCCGAAAUCUUCGCCGCCUACACCUUCGAAGAAACCAUCCUCAGUCUCGCCAACCGUUUCCUCGACAAAGAAUCUUUCGAACACGUCGACGAGAUCACCGAGCUGCGGAAGCGCGGGUGGAGACCCAGAGGCCAGGUAUGCGAGGGCUGUAAGAAGAGGGCGUGGGGUCCGGGUGCGGGGCCAGGUGUGUGGGGGGCUUGGGAGAAGAGGGAGGAGGGGAGGAAGAAGAUGAGGGAUGAGGCGGUGGGUGAUGAGGGAGAGGGGAGUGCGAAGGGGAAGGGGAAGAGACCUAGUCAGGCGGAUGUACUGGAUGAUGGGGAGGAAGAGGGAGAGAGGGGGGAGAGCCUUGUGCUGUUUGCUUGUAGGCAUUUGUGGCAUCGGACGUGUUUGGAGAAGGAGAGCGGCGCGCAGGAGGGCAGUGGGGACGUAGGGAAGAUGAUGGGGAGGACGGGGUUAAAGUGUCCACUAUGUUGA